ACUUUAUCCAUAGACAGACGUCUAUGACCACAAUCUAUUUGAAUUAUUUGAAUGUGAAUGACAGUGACAAGUGACAGUCUAAUGAAUUAAUGACUGAAUGACAGUAAACUGGGAUUGGAAGUACCUUGUUUUAUUCCCUGGUAAACUCUAGAGCUUAGAACAGUUUAUUGCUGACUAAAAUAUAUAUAUUAUACUCUGCACCAACCUGCAUUGAGUAAGCAAAGCAUGGUGAUUAAUGCUCAAACCUGCUUGGCCAGCAGAGGCCAAUUAUAGGCUGUAAAUGUGAUAUAUUAUACUGUAAGACUGGACAGAACUGAUUAGAUGCCCAUUGCGCAGACCAUAUAAAUAAACAUCAAUUGACUGGACUGAACAGGCAAGCCGCUGCAGCAGUGAUAGUGGUACCAACUAGUACCAAGUCAAAGUCAACGCCGCAAUUGAAAGGUUGAUGUUGUAGUUGAUCGCACGGAAGCUCAAAACAGAAUGGUGAACAACAAAGAUAGCGAGUCCGAGUCUGACAGCAUGUCCUCAGCUGAUGAGCCGCGCUUCCGCAUCAGUGUGUGCAUGCGGCGCGUGCACAGCGACCACCGCGCGCGCGCAUACGUCAGCGCCCUCCCGCGGCGCCGCGUGCACUGGCUGCAGCGCCGUCUGCGCGCGCGGUACCAGCUGCCGCGCGCCUUCCAUCUGCUGUGUCGCGGACAUCUGCUGCAUCCGCGCGAGUCGCUUGCGCUGCUCGAGCGGGACGAUCUGGUCGAAGUGAUUCCUAUGAACGACGAACUUGAAAAGACUGUCCUGGACGAAGUGGAUUCUGUGAAGGAAAAGGUCGCCGUCGAGCCCGACGCGUCGCUGCCGGAAAUUAAGGAGGACCUCGAGGAAACCAAACGCCGGGCGUUGCUCAUGCUGGAUCAGUACUCUGCAGUCCCUAUGGAGGAAGACGCAGACCGCCCGACGCGGCCCCGUCGGCGGCGUGUGCGGCGUCGCCGGCGUCCGGGCGCCAGGUCGCCGGGCGCCAGGUCGCCAGGCGCCAGGCCGCCGGGCGCCAGCUCGGGGGACGAGCCGCCACUCGAACUGGAGUCGGAAGCAUUGGUGCUACGUAAUGAGCUACAACCACGAGCACCGCGCGUCGUGCGCCCGCUAUCACCGCCAGUAGCUUCCAGUCAUUUUCUUGAUUCAGCGUCUGCAAAUAUUCUAGCAUAAAUAAAUUUAUACGACCAUUA